GAUCACGUGUCCCGGAAGUCGGUAGGUGACCGUGAAGGGAUACGGGAUCGCGUCUUUAAGGCCUUUGAGGCUGUGUUUAACAUUCAGUAUGUGGUAUGAAAUACUACCCGGUUUUGCGAUAAUGACAAUUUGUUUGGUCAUUCCUGGUGUUGCAACUACACAGAUACAUAAAUUCACUAAUGGAGGGAAGGAGAAGAGAAUUGCAAGAGUUCCUUACCAGUGGUACUUGAUGCAGAGAGACAAACAAUUGUCAGGGACUGGAAAAUAUUACGAAUCAAAGGGACUUGAGAACAUUAACUGAAGAUCAGAAAGACCCCUCCCAUCCAUGACUUUGAAAUAUGUAUUUUGUCCUGAUGUGUAUUAAAAAUAACAUGCAUAUAUUA